CCUUGCUGGAUAAAAAUUGUAAAUAAAAUGCACGAUGAUGCUGAGACUGCCAAACCUUAGAAAAUAGCUCUUCCUACGGUGGACAAUAGAGAUGCCUGUUCUCUCUCUACCACCACGCGCGGUGCCUACCACGAUAAGAACCACUCCGAUUCCUAUCACCAAACGCGACGAUUUGUGUACGCCAUCGCAAUGGUUCGAUAUCGCUUCCUUUAUUCUAAGCAACUAUAUCUCCCACGCAGGGACGGUCGUCUCUGCCCCCGGCCAGUCAGGUCUAGUUACAAUCAUAACCAUCAUCCUGGCGCUUUUCUAUCCGGUUUCGGGGGUGAUGCGCGGGUUGAAUGCAAUUGUGCGACAUGCUGCUACUAAUAAGGAUCCGAGGCAGAGAGCCAUUCAGGCAGGAGCUACCUGUAUGGUUGUUAGGCUGUCGGACUGGAGACCGCAGAAUGGAGAAGAGAUUAAAGGGUUGACGUUUGUCAGCGAGAAGCUUUUGCGACAAUUGGAGCAAAUAUCCUCAGGGAAGGACCAAGAUAGCUCGCUGAAGGAGAUUCGUCGCCCCUUGGAGGAAUUACAGGAAUUGAGGGAACGUACAGAGCCAAUCCUAUUGGGUGUCCAACUUCAGCCUCCGUGGCUUGUGGAAGAGCAUCUUCACGGACUUAUCAACGACUCUAUUCAACUAGUAGAUGGAGACUUCACCAUCCAUGGCGUUUGCCAUCUCCCGCCAGGCUAUGGUCUUGUUUAUGCUCCCCACGACGCAGCUCUCGAGGCCGUUGGAUCUUCAAACCCCGAUGGCGACCAAUUUCAGAGAUAUAGCGAAGACAUCACUGCGUCGUACAGUCUGUCAAAAGCAUUAUUCGCCAUCAUCCAGGCAAUCUACGCCUCGAUUACGCUCUACCAGUCUCGUGGCGACCAAAUUGCCCGCUACGGCUAUGCCUCUUAUGGCCUCACCGUUAUCCCCUACGUGAUCAUGUCUAUCAUUAAUCUUAUUAGCGCGAUGGUUAACCCCGAAUAUCCGGCGCUGUACAUGGUGGAAUCCGAAAUUAUGGAUGAAGCGAGGGCAAGAGGAGGAGUAUUCGAGGGGACUAUUGGGAGAUUGGAUGCAGAUAAUGAUUCUAACGAUCCCAAACGCACGGUGACAUUCACCGGUUGCUGCGAAGAAGAAAACAGUGAUGGAGGCAAGGCCACGAGCCAGUCAUUGACUUGCCGUAUCCCACAAUUUCCCGAUAAGGUCUCUGCCGAGUAUGAAGAGGAAAAAAUUCGAUUAUCGAUAUCACCUCAACCCAUGCGCGAACCUCGUAUCUUUCCGAGUGACUACCCCUGGCACUUCAGUAGUGUCAACCUUCCCCGUCGCAAACCUUUCAUCUCAGUCUCCAACUGCCACAACUUCAGACGCACAUCUAGCCUUUCGACCAAGCUCGACUUUGAUAACUUUGGUUUUUUCCGCGCUUUCUUUCAUAAGGUCUUCUUGAUCAGCACUCCAAAAUUUCAGUUAGUACACUCCAGAUCACAGUGGCAGAGGUCCAUGUCAUCUAUGUCACUCAUACAAUGGCUCGGGACUCUGAUCGGCUGUCUUCCCAUCGCUGUUAUCGGGGGAUUGACUCAUUUCAACGGUGCCUCAAGCACUAUCGCACAAAGAACAUGGAUUAUGGCAUGGCUAGCCUUGGGGAUUGCUAUGGGGCUAUAUUCAGGGACCAGUCAUCCCUGGACAAAGGGGAAGUCAAAAGGAAUGAUAACUUGGAAUAGGGUGGCGGUGUUCAUCUGGCAUCUUAUUUGGUCCGUUCCUGCCAUCGGCGGGUUUGUUGUUGUGAGCCAGAUGCUAGGAGAGUACGAGAGUUGUCAGGCGGCGGUAUGAUAACCUUUGAGACAAAACAAGAAACAAUUCUUUAGCUCAUUUUGAAGUACCUAGAAAUCUUUCUACAAGAGGCACAAUUAUCCAUGGUAAUGGAAGGAUAGGUGAUAUUCGUUGAUGCAAUGUCAACGAAGUGGGCGUCUUUGGGCCAGGAAUUAGAAGGAGUUGUGCUAUACUUUUGACGAGCGACAGAGCAAGGGUCAGCCCAUUUCCAUAUCUUUUAUUACAUACGGCUCUCAACACCAUGGAUUUACACAGAAGCACCCAUUGUAGAAUACUCCCAUUCUAUUCCAUAAAAGACAUUAUAGGUUUAGAAAUACUAUUGUUCCUCCCCCUCUUAAG